CAUUAUUUGAAUGAUGACGAGUACAGCGAAUGAGCGAGCAAUAGCAGCAUAGGUGAAUUAAAAUAUGAAAGCGUGUAAUUUCCGAAAAGAAAAAGAAAAUUAAUAAUCGGCAUGAACUUUAUCUUUAACAUAUGAUGAUAUGAUAUGAUAUCACAUUCUAUCUAUCCUCAACUCAACUCAACUCAACUCACCAAUUCUCUUCUCUCAUCUCCUUGAUAUGAAUACUCUUUCUUCCACGCUCCAUAGCGCCUGGGUUACCCUUCCUCCUUCUCAGUUAACGUUGUCAUCUCCGAAAUGUCACACCAGGCUUCAUCGGAUCAAGGCUUCCAUUGCCGUUGAGCAACAAACUAAGGUUGCUCUCAUCAGAAUUGGCACCAGAGGAAGUCCACUAGCUCUAGCACAAGCGUAUGAGACCAGAGACAAACUCAUGGCAUCACACCCAGAUCUAGCCGAAGAGGGGGCUAUACAGAUUGUGAUAAUAAAAACAACAGGUGACAAAAUCCUCACACAACCACUUGCAGACAUAGGUGGGAAGGGCUUGUUCACCAAAGAAAUAGACGAGGCUCUCUUAAAUAGUGAAAUUGACAUUGCUGUCCAUUCAAUGAAGGACGUUCCUACUUACUUACCUGAUAAAACAAUUCUUCCAUGUAACCUUCCUCGAGAGGAUGUCAGAGAUGCAUUUAUAUCCUUGAGUGCAACUUCUUUAGCUGAUCUUCCCCUCGGAAGUGUUAUUGGUACUGCAUCACUAAGACGGAAGUCACAGAUACUCCACAGAUAUCCAUCUUUAAAUGUGCAGGAAAAUUUCCGUGGCAAUGUCCAAACAAGGUUAAGAAAACUCAGUGAGGGGGUUGUCCAAGCUACACUAUUAGCAUUAGCUGGACUCAAACGCUUAAAUAUGACAGAAAAUGUGACUUCAAUCCUAUCAAUUGACGAUAUGCUUCCAGCUGUUGCCCAAGGUGCUAUUGGAAUAGCCUGUAGAAGUAAUGAUGAUAAAAUGGCAGAAUACAUUGCUUCACUGAAUCAUAAUGAAACAAGACUGGCAGUUGUCUGUGAAAGGGCCUUUCUUCAGACUUUGGAUGGGUCUUGCCGCACUCCUAUUGCAGGGUAUGCUUGCAGAAAUGAGGAUGGCAAUUGUUUGUUCAGAGGACUAGUUGCCUCCCCUGAUGGAACCCGCGUGCUAGAAACAUCCAGGGUUGGUCCUUAUGCUGUUGAAGACAUGAUUGAAAUGGGUAAGGAUGCUGGCAAGGAGCUUCUUUCUCGGGCUGGACCUAACUUCUUCAGUAGUUAGCCUCAGGUUAAAGUGUUGACUGGGUGCACAGAGGCUUCAUGGUCAAUUUUUGAUAACUGUUUCCCAUGUUAAUUCAUUCUUUGACCUGUUGUAACUUAGAGUAGAUUAUGUGUCCAAUUGAGUUUGGGAGAGUGGACCUCUCAUUAAGGUCGAGUUGUUGUAUUUUGAGGAUAUUAGAAUGCCAAUUUUUUAGAUAGUUUGUAUAAUCCCCACAAUAGUGGACUUUUGAGAGUUCAUGCUAAAUACAUCUGGGCGUUUCUCCAAUUCUACUGUACUUAAAUUUCCUUGUUA